GAUAAGAAAGGGAAAAAUAUGAGGUGGAAAUGUCUGCCAUCCCAGGUUUGGGAUAAGAGAAGAAUCUAGAAAGCGGAGUCCCAUUGGGCAGCAACGCUAAAUUUCUAGUCCUUACUGAAAGCCACGUUCCCCAUCAUCAAUGGCAGCGACAAUAUCAGCCAUGGCUACAAUCAACGCAAAGUGCCUCAACACCAAGCUCCCUAACCCUAACCCUAACCCUAAGCUCAUACCAUCAAAACCCACCACCCUCCCACUCCCAAAGCUAUCCACCUCCACAGCAAUCGCCGGAGCGGUUUUCUCGGCUCUGGGAAGCUGCGAGGGCGCCUUGGCCGCCCAACAAAUAGCCGCCAUAGCGGAGGGCGAGGACAACCGCGGGCUGGCGCUGCUGCUGCCCAUAAUCCCGGCCAUCGCGUGGGUGCUCUUCAACAUUCUGCAGCCGGCCCUGAACCAGCUGAACGGCAUGCGCAACAGCAAGGGCCUCAUCGUUGGGCUGGGCCUCGGCGGCCUGCUGGGCCUGGUCGCGGCGCCGCAUGCGUUGGCCUCUGAAAUCGCUGAGGCGACUAACGACAACAGAGGUCAGCUUCUGCUGUUUGUGGUGACGCCGGCUAUUGCCUGGGUUCUCUACAACAUCCUGCAGCCUGCGCUGAACCAGAUCAACAGGAUGAGAUCUUAGAUCUUAGAUCUUAGUCAUAUAUGAUAUAUAUUCUAUAAUGCUUCGGCAAUUCAAAUAAUUGUACAAUAAUUCUCUUGUAACUUGUAUCUAAUGCAUCCACUUCUCUUCCAUUCCCAUGCCACUCUAUAUAUACUUCCUUUCUGUUGUCACAACCAACGAUGCCCAUUCUUAAUAUACAUGCUAUUGCUGCCUGCAAUUCUCACAA